CCGCUUACCAUUCUUCAUUCCCCAGCAUCCCAGGAGUCAAUUCCACCCGUUAGCGUUCCGUUACCUUUCUAUUGCAGGCGGUUGAUGGCCCGAGAGUCUUUAUUCACGCACAGCCACCCACGAAGUCCCUGUCAUACGCGAUGGGAAAAGUACCUAGUCCUCAAUUCAAGCACAACCCUCCUUAUCUCACCUGGCACCCUCAUACGCAGAGCUCACCGCCCUGACAACGGAUAGCGAACAAAGAAGUGCAGGCCAGUGGUACUUUCUCAUGGAUUACCGCCAGCGCUUUGGGAUCACCUUUGCCGCAGCCAGCAUCCCAGGCGGCUUCAUAGCAUACUUGAGCAGUUUUCCAGGUGAAUCCGGACCUAUGGCACCUUUGUGGCCAUACCUGAGUCUGAUACUGAGCAUCUUCGUGCUGGGCGCGACGAUUGCGCUUUGUAUUCACGUCACGCAUGAAUCACCGGCGAAGAACCCCUGGGAUUGCAAUCCUUGGCUUAUGAUGGCUAUCGUCACAGACUCUGUUGUGGCGGCCUUGCACUCUGCAUCUUUGCAUGGAUUGACGCAACAGGCGGCCACUGGGGGUUUCCAUAUAUCUGGUGCCUCUUCGUUGCCGCCUGGACGGCCGCAAACGCGGUUAUCUGUUUGUUUCUGCUGCACGGAACUCAGGAGGGAGGGCUGGGGUAUGCGCCUGUGUGAAAACCAUAUGCAGAAGUGUGCGGAAUGAAAACCUGAUAUCUUCGGCGAGCGUGCUGAUGGUCAGCUUACCAAAGUACUUAUUAAUGAUGGUUAUAUCGAAAACUGAAUGCA